GAGCUAGGGACAAAUCUGAUUCAUUAUUAAUGUACCUGUAAUUCAUAAUUUCUGAUGAAUUAGAAUAAUUUAGAAAAUACCCAAAGAUAAGUGAGGAUGAAAUUUACUUUGCUGUUAGUUUGAAUGGUUUAUAUACAUAGUUUGCAGGCAGAUGUCUGCUUCCAUUGGAUAAAUAGAUUCAAAAAGUGUCAUGAAUGUUCAUCAAUGGGAGAUCAUGAUAUUCAGAAUAAUCGUGAGGGAUAUACACAGUAAAAAGAGAUGAACAUAAAAAAGACAGAGUUAAAUCCUUCUGAACAAAACAUUCCAGGCAGUCGCUAACUUGGACCCAUCAUUACAGAUUCACUGAGUCUCACAUCUGACCAUAAACAAGACAUCAAAACCUUGAACACUAAAGUCAGGGGAUUAAAAUCAAUUGAUGACCAUUUUGUGAGGGAUAAUGAAUUCAGGGCGGUGUGUGAGAUAGGUAAGCACAUAAUGAGACAUAAUUGAUCCAGGGAUAGGACCGUAUUGUAUGAAGACAGAGGAGAGGUAACAUCUUGUCCUGUAGAGCAGGAGGCUGUACAAACUCUACAAAGACAGUGUAAAGACAUAGAGAUUUUAUUUCUUAAGGACCAGUUUAAUGUUUCAUCCAACUAAUUUGAUAUUCAGGGAAAAUCCACACCACUGAAACUUUCACAGGGAAGCUGGGCUUUAAUUUAAUGUGGAUGAUGUGAAUAUUGGAGACAAAAUGAUAGAGACUAUAUUUACAUUCAUAAGACAGAAUAAGGAUGAAGUCUUCACUUGAGUUUAUGAUUUGUUUGAUAAUGGGAAUGGUAAUAAUAUUUCAUAGAGCAACCCACUGCAGGGAGGUAACCCAGUGUGCAGGAAGGGAGAUAGACCUGAACUGCUCUAGUCCUGAUUGGCUGAUUCACAUAGACUAUGAGAUCUAUGCUUACAACCAAUCACAAGGCUGCGAUGUGUCAGCUGACUCCUGCCAGGGGGUGGAGUUUCUGGCCCCGCCAAGUGUCAGACACUGUAACGGCAGACCGUCCUGCUCUUUCAAGGUCCCCACAGAUCAGUACUUGUCUGUGUGCAGAGAGAAUGCCACCGAACUAAAAGUCUUGUACCAGUGUGUGGCAAAGUCGCAGAGCUUUGACUUGUGCACUGACUUCCUGGAGCGGCACAGAUCCACCAUUUACCUGACUUCCCCUCAGUACCCCUCCCCCAAACUGUCUCCCAUUAAGUGUUCCUGUGAGGUCAAGGGUCAAAACAUUAGUGUCCUCACCCUGGAGCAGACCAAGGCCCCCUAUGUGGUCUACAUACUAUCCACCGAGUCCCUCAGUAAACACAUCACAAAGCUCCAGGUCAUCAACAGACUGGAAUUCUCCAACAUCUCCAGCCUGGAGGUGCUCCUGGACAACAAGUUCCCGGAGCAAGAAUUCAGACUGUGGCUCAAACUGACUGGCACAGAUAUGACGGUUAAAUGUGGCUCUCCUGUGAUAACCUCAGAAAUCAGCAGCUUGGAAAUCGUCACAGCAACUCAUCUGAGUUACCUCCCUUCAAGCAUCCUCACGGCUUCAGAGAUGGGACAUUACUCCACUCAGGAAGUCAACCAGACUUCUCUACCCAGCAUGCACUGGAACUCCACCAGCACUGCAGGUCUGGACAUUUCCAAAACUGCUGCAGGUCCUGAUAAUUCAAAAACUGUCCUGAGACCUGACAAUUCAGAAACUGACUCAAGUCUUGAUGAAUCUAGGACAAGUUAUCUCUCUUUGUAUACAGUAUCUGCGACUGCCACUGUGUCUUUAUCUUCUGUGUCCAUCACUGGACAAAGUACCCAGAGGAUCAGCCAAUCAGAUGAGGUGAUUCUGGUUGCAGUAAUCUCUACAGUGUGUGGGCUUUUCUUCAUCAUUUUCAUCAUCGCUACCAUUCUUAUAUGCAGAAAGAGGACUGACGAGGUCUCCGAGUCCAGAGAACAUAUUCACAGGCCAGGGACCAAUGUCAUACAUGCCUAUGAAGAUGACAAUUUUACUGUCAACUUUUAAAAUUGAUCAUUUCUUAUAAUAAAAAAGCAAUAUUUUCAUAUUAGUU